AUGACUGUCGCCGCAACUCCGAAGCCCCUCCCCGAUAUGUCAGUUCGACACAAAAACUACGCCUUGGGCUCUAACGAUGAUGCCCUGUCGGGGCAGAGAAUGUUCAAAAAGCACAAAGUCCUGCCUCAUCCUAAGAGACACAGGAGCGAUACCGCGAGUUCUUACGAAGUACGAUCAACUCCCAGGGGGCAUGAUCUCAUUGUUGACUCUGUCCCGCCCCAGAUGGACGCGCCGCAACAACCGAGCCCCCAGACGCUGAGACACCAGCCGAAGCGAAUAAGCAGCGGUCCGGAUUUGCCUCCAACACCGCCUUCACACUCGCGAACCUCGUCGAGCAGUCACUCGGUUCAGCCCCCAAGCCCGACGCUGGGAGAAACGGUGUCGCAGACACCGACGACACCGGCGCGUGCACCUGUCACUCCUCCGAACCAGCAAAGCCCGCCAACUCCAGACGUGACGCCUCCGCAACCCGCUAAUUACCCCAAAGCUGUUCGGCCGGCCCCCAUCGAUCGCACAGUCUCGAAAGCUACCACGGCUGAGUCGCGCGCCGAGUCCUUCAGAACUGCUAGAGAAGAGCCCUAUUCCUCUGAGGAGGACGAAAUGCAAUCGACCGUCCGGCCAAACACAUUAUCUGCGCGAACUUCCCAGAGCACUGUUCGUCGCGCCUCAGAUACUCGAUCGAAAUCGCCAACACCUGUUGGGCUAGGUCUGGGCCUGGAGUCUCUCACGGAGGACGCUGCAACCCCGAAGGCGAAGGGCGACUUUGGCGCUUUUGAUGGGGAAUGGGCCUCGACCAACGAAGUGGACCAAGAAUGGGAUGAUAAUCUGGGCAGGGCCGUGACGGUGAGGAAAAGACGUCAAGGCCCAAAAGGCCUACCUCGGGCUGGGAGACGAAAGGUCGAAAUUAUUGAAGACCGUGUGGUCACGCCCACCAACGCGACAAAGGCGUUACGUGCAAUGUCUCAGCGCGACCGAGCAGCCUUUUAUGCUCCGAGUGAGAUCGCCUGGUCCAACACGCCAACCUCGGAAUCCCCAGCCAAUGUCGAUGCUCGGAGACUCUCGGGUAUGUCUGCCAAAACCAUCAAGUCAACGAGAUCAAAUCCUUCGACUGUUGUCGAGGCGAUCUUGGUGGAUGCCCCUUCAAUUCCGCAAAGGCGACAAACCCUCAGGCAUGUGCGCAAGCAACUCGUUUUGAGAGAUUCUGGUCCCGAUUGUUCCUCUGUCAGCUCCGCCACCAACCCAGCCGUUCAAUUGGAAGGCUCUCCGCGUCGUCCAAGGUCGCUGGCUCGCCCCAGCGACAGCCGCCACAACAGCUGCGCUUCGGACGCAACUUCCAAUUCCAUCUCGAGCGGAAAAGCUCGCAGGGAGAUCUGGAAGAGUGGUGGCAUUCCGGUGAUUGUUGUUCCGCACCGUCGAUCGUCCGUCAAGUCGAAGUCCAGCAGGGAGCCAUCCCUAAGAUCUACAAGCAGUCGAAGAUCCAAGAGAAGUGCAAGCUUGAGUUCAGCAACUCGUGCCAAUGGAUCAGAGGGCCACAAUUUAGCGACCCCGGUGUUCGAGCGGCCAGGGCGGAAAACCCGAUCCAUGUCAGAGUCAGAUGGCUCGGAUCAGCGGACGAUUGACUAUCCACCUGUCAUCCCGAAGCGGUCUUCUUCACUAUCUGCACCGACCAGCCGCAAUACAUCCCGCGAUGGUUCGCUCACUACGGAUAGCCUGAAGGCUCAAAACGCUUUGUUGAAUCAACAGUCAGGACAUGAAACGAGAGCACCCGCCUUGACCCUUCAAAGGGCCACCUCAUCCGAGACCGACAACGGCCACCAUCACCGAGACCAUAAGCUCAACGUAGACCGUCACGGAGACCCCUUCUUUGGCAAACGGCUAUCCACCCAGAACACUCCUUUCUCAGCAGCUUCCGUGGAGACAAGUGGUACUGCACAUGAAGUGUCGGAAGCGAAGGCUGUGAGCCUGUACCCUCACCAGAAUUCGUCCGUCCUCGUAGUAAACCACUCCAACAAGCCUUCAGAGAGCUCCGACGCGUCCCAGACGGAUAAGGAACUCUUACAAACUCCCUGGAGGCCUACGAUAAUCACUACUGGACCAGACGGGGAAGGACCUGCAACGCCCCCGCAGGCCCAACACACCAUGGAUGACGUGGACUCGCCGCUCCGUAACCCUCGAGCUGCUCCGCCAGUGCCUCCCGUCCUACCUCCUGCCAUCCAGUUCAUCCCUGCAACUCCUUCAGGACUAACACCUCAUCACGAGAGGCAGCGCAACAUGGGCAAUUAUUUCGAGACAAUGGUCGAUGAGCAGCCUCAGAGAAGUGUAUCUAUUGUCCGUAGGGCUCUGGCCCGACGACGGAACUCGGAGACAUAUCCGCCCAGCACUGGUAAAUCGGGACUAUUGACGAGGACCUUCUCUCUCACGCGUAGAGGUGCAAACCCCAAAAAGCACUCUCCUGUAGGAGGCCCUUGCUCAUGUCCGGACUGCGAAGCCCCACUCCCCGAGGACGACCGACUUCAUCCUCACUGGCGUCCUGCCUACGCCGAUCAGGAUGAUGACAUAUGGGAAAGAGAAAUGGAGGACGAGCCUAUCAGCCAGGUCUAUCGGUAUCCUCCGAUCGAUAAUCGCCCACCACUUCCGCGGAGGAGCAUCAGCGCGCGGAUGAAAAAGACAUUUGCCAUUCUUCCCAACCGCGGCGAGGAUGACUUCUACUCGUCGGGGACACGGGAUGAGCUUGAUCGACGCACCAUACGCCGGACGGACAGCGGAAACCUGCGUGUAAUGCGACGCCGGAGCAGCCUGGACUCUCUUCGCGAUCAGCCUACUAAUUCUGGCUCUUACCUGAACGCCGAUAGUGAACGCGACAAUAGGAAGGAAGCUGGCCCGAAGAGAAGGAGACGCUUUUCUAUCUCGGGCGCGUUGGAAGGGUUACAGAACCUUCCGAGACAGAUGAACGAACGCAAGCGAGAAAAGAGGACAAAAGAGCUACGCCAGAAGAUCAGUGGCCCUCGGGAAGUGAGGGAUGGCGUAGGAGAUGUCAUCCGACGAAACACAUACCGCGACUCGCAUCAACAAACCGACUUGUCGACUCACCAUUUUUGA